GUUCAAAGUCCAAUCAGCGGCUGUGAAAAACCGCACGUGACCCGGAGGAGGCGGUCCAGCAUGCACACACUGCGAAGACAACGGCUAGAGGAAAAAAGAUCGAAUCCCUGACUCCGGGCGUUUAUAUAACCGCGCAGAAAAGCUCUGGAGUUGUCCGUGUUGGUUUGUUAAUUCGGCAGAAAACCGCACCGAAGAAGCUGUACGGGUCCUGGAGGUGCUGUAGAGACCGCAGCGUGAGGCGGUAGCACACGGCGAGAUGGAGGUUGCUCUGGAGUUGUCUCGGAUAUGAUCCCACUCUAAAUAUUUCCUCUCUGACCUCUUCAGUUGCGGGCAGGAUCCAGUCCCUUGUUUAAAUAUUCCGAGCACCCAUGACCGAGGGAUAGACAGUAGUGCACUGAUCAUGAGUGAGCAACAGGAAGAGUAUGUGGAGCAUCAGUACAUGUGCAGUGAGUGUCAGCAGCUCUUCAAUACUCUGGAGGAGGUGCUGAUACACCAACAGGUGCACACUGGUGCACAAGUAGAAGACCUGGUGGCCAUUUCCAGCCAUGAGGACACCAGGGACAGUCAGUACCAGUGUCUGGAAUGUGGCACCCUUCUCAGAAACUCGGACGAACUGCUGCUCCAUCAAGAGCUGCACAUGAGGGAGGCAGGCCUGGAUGCAGAACACAAGCUGUGUGAGGUAGCAGAAACGGACGCGGCGGUUGCAGCAGUUCCAAUCCAGUACCAGUGCCUGGAGUGUCUGGCCCUCUUCGACACGGCUGAGUUGUGGAUGGCACACAGGCAGUCGCACAAGAUCAGCACAAACAGCGACAUAGCUGACACUGAUUAUGUUUUACAGCCCGAUGGUACAAUCACCCCUGUGGCCAAAGUGCAUAACCUGGUGCUCGAUGAACAGCGAGCCGGAGAGAUCCUAACGUUAGCCCAGGCUCUUCGAGAGCAGCAGUCUCUGCCCAGGCAUGCGGUUCCUCCCCGACCUACUCUUCUUCCAGGCACCCAAUCCCUGCCUGGCUCCAAUUCUGCCAUGCUGCGCCUCCAGUUCUGCUCCGCCCAAGCCAUUGCAGAUGGCUCCGCCUCAACAACCAUUCGCAAAGCCAAGCUCCUCCCUCCACUUCUCCCCUCUGAGGCAAUCAGGCUUGAGAAUGGUAUUACUACACUCAACCUUCUCCCCGCUGUUGAGCAUGCAGACUUGGGGAAGCACGCAGAGGAAGAGGUGUUGAUCAUUCAUCCCUACGAGUGCUCCGAAUGCAACCUGCUGUUCAGCACUCCAGAAGACUUUCUGCACCACCAGGGAGAGCACUUUCUGGCUCAGGACAAAGAAAGUGGGGGCGCUGGGGUCAUGUUCGGGUACGAAGACGGUGCUAGAGUGAGGGAAGAUGAAGGAAGGAAAGGUGAGGUGAGAGACGAGGGGAGGAAGGCAGAGCAGGGGAAAGGCCAUGGAGGACAGCGGACGUGCACGGCCCGGUUGGCGGGUCUCGGGGUGAAUUCAUCCAUUUCGUCCGCAAACCUGCGAUGUGAGGAGUGCAAGAGAACUUUCACCACAGCCAAUCGGCUGGCGGCACAUCUCCGAGUGCACGAGCAAGGAACACACGAAUGCCCUGAAUGCGACAAGGUGUUCAAGAAGUUGGGAUCACUGCAUACACACAUGCGCACGCACUCCGGGGAGGCCCGCUAUCUGUGUGUGGACUGUGGGCACAGCUUCACUACAGAAAUGACCCUCAUCAUACACAGGAAGUCCCAUACAUCGGAGCCUCUCCACAGGUGUCCAUUCUGUGCCAAAACCUUCACCAAUAUGACCAAGUUUCUUUACCAUCGCCGCACUCAUACUAACCGUGAACCAGUCAGCUCUGCCUCCACAGUUACACUGGCUCAGCGGAUGCCUCUGUCUAUUAUGCAAAGGGCAAGAGAACGAGAGGCCGUGUGGAGAAAACAGAAACAAGCAGCGCUUACAGCUCCUAUAAGUGCCAGCACGGACACGGGCGAGAGCAUUCUGGAGGCUACACCUUCUCUCCCUCAGGCUACUACAGCAGUAGAGAACGGAGUGGAUUCGAAGGAUCCGGCCACAGAAGAAGCACAAAAGCAACAAGCAAACAUGGACAUGGAACAUUCUGACAAAUGGCAGGCUCCCAUUACGGAAGACGACAUCAAGUUACCUUGCUCUACCUGCAAUAAAACCUUUAGUUCCAAAAUCCGUUUGCUAAGUCACCGGCGAACGGCGCACUCCAGCGAGCGCCGCUUCAAGUGUAACGUAUGUGGAAAGCCUUUCAAGAAGCAGAUCCAUCUGAGGAACCACCUGCGCACGCACACGGGCGAGCGGCCCUUCCAGUGCAGCGUGUGCGGCAAGACCUUUUCUUCCCUGGCCAACCUCACGCGCCACGGCCUGACUCACACCGGGGUGCGGCCGUACCGCUGUGACGUGUGUCACAGGGCUUUCACGCAGUCCUCUAAUCUGCGCCAGCACCGCCUGCUCCACAGUAACCCAACACCCUCAGCAUGUCCCGACUGCUCAGCCACGUUCAUCCGGCCAGCGAAGCUCGUAGCACAUAGAUUCCUUCACCAUCCAGGGGCACCAGCGCCAUACCCCUGCUUGCAUUGCCCUAAAGGGUUCUUGCGCAAGAAGCAAAAGGAUUUGCACUGCCUGGAAGAACACCCUAAGUUGACCCACCCUUUUACAGAUGCUACUAAUGAAUCAGGGCUCAAAGGUCAGCAGACAUCUACUGAAGGUGUAGAGCAGGCUGCUCUUCUCGUCCCGAAGCCAAAUUUGGACUGCACCAUUUGUGGGAAGCGCCUGAACUCGGCGGCGAAUCUACGCCUCCAUCAGUUGAGCCACGGAAUGGGACCGGGCCGCCCAUGUGGCUCCAGGUCAGCCUCUGGGAAAUCGCACCCAUGUCCCGUGUGUGGGAAGUUGUUUGUUUCGGCGUCAAGCGUCACGUUGCACCAGCGCGUUCACACCGGCGAGAGGCCGUACCCUUGUGCUGUCUGCGGCAAGCGCUUCCGACAGAACACCCACCUGCGCGAGCACCUGCGCACGCACUCGGGCGAGCGGCCAUUUCGCUGCGAGUUCUGCAGUAAGGGUUUUGUGCAGAGCAUGCAUCUGGUUGAGCACAGACGAACACACACUGGGGAAAGGCCGCACACGUGCGCAGAAUGCGGGAAGACCUUCAAGACCAUCUCAAACCUGAGGAACCAUCGCAAGACCCACAACAAGUCACAAGAAACCGAGCAAGGCAAAGAUGCUAAACUGGAGACCACCACCAGCACCACAGUGGAGAGCAGCCUGGCAACACUUGCCGUGGUGAAUGCCACAGAUGGAAACUUUUGCCAACAGGGUGUCCAGCUGGGGCAGCCCCAGCUCAUACAGAUCCAGACUUCUGGUCUGGAGCAGACUCAAGGCACUCCCACUAUCAUGUGUAACGAAUUUGGAGAAGCAAUAGCGAUCAUCGAGACGAGUGGCGAUCUGGCAGAGGCUAUAGAGCUCUACCACACAGCGCUGGAAGGUGGGAUUAACAUGGACACCAUCACUCUGGACAACCUGCAGCUUAUGUGAAUCAGCAAGAGCAGUUCAUUAGCAUCCGAGAGUCUCGUAUCGCAGCGCGCUUAAGAGCGAGGACAGAACAGGAAUUAACAAUUGAUCUGAUUAACAUUGGUAAUGGCGGGGAAACUGCUUCACUCUGGCAGUCGGCAUUGAUCUGAAGGAUAAAAAGGAGCUUAGGGUGAUUAAAUGACGGUGUGUUUCAGGAAGUGUCAGUCUGAAUUUCUGAUGGAUCUCGGCUUCUGAUGUAACAACGCCGAACGUCUUCGUUUCCGGGAUAGUGAAGACAGUGGAGCUGUGACUAACAGUGUUAUGGUGUCAACUGCAUAAAGAGGAAUUUAGCUGCAGGAUAAGUGCAGACUGCUGUGGGGAACUUUUUUUUUUUUUUUUUAAACUUCACAAGCAUGGAUGUGAACAGGAGACCACAACUACAAGGGACGAUGUCUUAACUGAUUCACCUCAGGCACUGUGAUGAAGUAAUGCUUAAUGGAGACGGAUUCGGAGUGUUUUGUGCUGCUUAACCUGAUUUUACAAGUUCACCUCUCCAGGUCCGUGUCUGUUGAAUAUGUUCUUAUAAUUUUUUUUUUAAACUGUACAGUCUGGAAUGUCAAAUAUUGUAAAUAAAAAAUUACAGUUUG